AUGGCAAAGACAGGUAAAGCCACCAAAAAGUUCAAUCAGAAGCAUCUCAAGCAUACUUUGGAACAAAGGAAGAAAGUCAAAGAGUAUAAGAAAAAGAUUGGAGAUAAGAAAGCCAAAAGAGUUUCCAAAAAAGCUGAAAAUGGACAGACCCGCAGUAAUCGGACCAAUACUAAUGGAGAGAUCUUUGAAGAUAUGGACGUAGAGAAGUUUUUUGAUAAGAAAGUUGAGCUUCCGAAACCGGAAAAGAAGAUCAAGAAGAAGAAAGAGGACGUUGAAGAGGAUGAUGAUGAAGAAAGUGAACCAGAGAUGGAUCAAAAGGAUAUUGAUGACUUGAAAACGGAAGAUCCUGAAUUUUACAAGUAUCUCGAAGAAAAUGACAAGAACUUAUUAGAUUUUGAGCCUAUUAAUCCUCUAGAUGCCAUUGAUGAUGAUGAUGAUGAGGAGGAGGAGGAGGCAGCAAAGAAUGCAAGUGAUGAUAGUAAAGAUAAAGUGGCCAAGAUCAAAGUAAUCGAUGUUACUAUGGAGAUGGUGAAGGGAUGGGACGCUAACUUGAGGAGUGAACAGCCUAAAAUGAAAGAAAUCAAACAAUUAGUCGUUGCAUUUAAAUCUGCUGUGAAUAUUGAUGCCGAUAGAGGGUACAAAUAUAGUGUUUCCAACGAAAAUGUGUUCAACCACUUGAUGGUUAUUGCUCUCAAGCAGCUACCUCUUGGUAUUCAGAAGCUUACCCCUUAUAAGGAGUCUAAAAACGGUGUCAGAUCGCUUCCUUCAGGCAAUAAGAAGAGAGUGAAUGAAGUAUCUUCUGUUCUCAAAAUCCAUUCGGGCUCUUUAAUAGAGCUACUUGAUGGUAUUAGCAAUACAGAGACAGCUGCAUUAAUUUUACAGUCGAUUCAAGAGCUUUUACCGUACCUGAUGUCAUGGAAAAAGAUUCUCAAGUUGAUCCUCCAAGGUGCUGUGAAUGUCUGGAGCAGUUCCGAGCAGUUUGACACCCAAAUAGCUGCAUUUGCGUUCUUGAACAACGCUGCAAAGGAGUAUCCAAAACUUCUUUUGAGAGUAGAAUUGAAAAGCUGUUAUUCGAGUUUCAUCAAGAACUGUAGAAGAACCAAUAUUCACACUAUGGCAUCUAUAAACUUCCAGAAGAAUUCAUUGGCGGAAUUGUUCGGGGAAAAUCAGAAUUUAGGAUACGAUGUUGGUUUCGGAAGUAUCAGAAUGUUGGCUGUUCAUUUAAGGGACAGUGUCAAUAACCCUACUAAGGAGAGUUACAAGGCCGUUUACAACUGGCAGUACUGUCAUUCUUUAGACUUCUGGUCUAGAAUGCUUUCUAUUCAAUGCAGCGCAGAAAAGCCUGCUGAAAGUGUGCUUUCUCAUCUUAUUUACCCGUUGGUUCAGGUCACCAUUGGAACCAUCAGGUUGGUUCCGUCAGCUCAGUUCUUUCCACUCCGGUUUUAUCUUAUUAGAUCACUUAUUAGAUUGUCAAGGUCCACAGGUGUGUUUAUUCCUUUGUUCCCAUUACUAAGUGAGAUUCUAAAUUCAGCUGCAUUCAACAAACAUCCAAAAAACAACACUAUCAAUGCCGUUGAUUUCGAUUCUUGCAUCAAGGUCAAUAAGGCAUAUAUUGGAACUAGAGUUUACCAGGAUGGGCUUUGCGAACAGUUCAUCGAGCUCUGCAGUGAGUUCUUUGUGAUGUAUUGUAAAAGUAUUGCAUUUCCCGAACUUGUGACUCCUGCUACUAUCUAUCUUAGAAGAUUCAGAAAGAAGAGCAGUAAUCCAAAGUUCAAUAAGAUGCUAAGUGCCUUUAUAGACAAGUUGAACGCCAAUUCCAAGUUCAUCGAGGAGAAGAGAGCUACCGUUCAAUAUGGACCUAACAACAAACAGGAGGUUGCUAAAUUCCUACAAGAAAUUAGCUGGGAGAAGACUCCUCUUGGUGCCUAUGUGGUGACUCAAAGAGAAGUCAAGGAAGCCAGACUGAAGAUUCUACGGGAGUCUUUUGAGCAGGCCGAAGAGGAGGAAGAGCACAAAAAUUUGAAGGGCAAAGCCGAAAGUGAUGAAGAUGACGACAAUGAUAUAGUGUUGGAUGAUGCUGAGGAAAAGAAGGAUGAAGAGUAA